ACACCAAGUCCACACGUGUAGAGGACGCUGCUAGCAGAAGGACGGGACGCUCCUUUGUACGUAUUGUAAAAAAGUUGAGCCAAUAGAAAUUCCUAACGUGGCUAAAACAAAGCUGUUUUUUUAAAAGAUUAAUGUCUAAACAGAGCAGCCACAACUUGUGUCUCCAGGGAAAACAUUGUAGGAUUAUUUUCAAGGGAUUCACAAGAAGAAAAGUUUUAGCUUGCAGUUCCAAAUUGGUCUGUGAGCAUGCGCUUGGUGUAAAAGCAGAAAAUUCAAACCGGAGUGCACUUCCCGCGGGCUUGAAGUAGCGCCAGUAUCACGCUUAAUUAUGGUGGACAAGGGCCCAUUAUUGACAUCAGCAGUAAUCUUUUAUCUGUCCAUUGGGGCAGCAAUAUUUCAAGUUCUUGAGGAGCCGAACUGGAAAAGAGCGGUUAAAAACUACACGGACGAAAAGGAUCAGAUACUCCAAAAAUACCCCUGUCUCACGAGAGAGGACUUGGACAGGAUUUUGGAGGUGGUGUCGGAGGCCGCCGGGCAGGGCGUCACCAUCACGGGAAACAAGACCUUCAACAACUGGAACUGGCCCAACGCCGUCAUCUUCGCCGCCACCGUCAUCACCACCAUAGGUUAUGGAAACAUUGCGCCGAAGACGUCCAACGGCCGGAUCUUCUGCAUCUUCUACGGCCUCUUCGGGGUCCCCCUGUGCUUCACCUGGAUCAGCGAGCUGGGCAAGUUCUUCGGGGGCAGGGCCAAACACCUGGGGCUGUACCUGACGAAGAGAGGGGUCACCCUGCGCAAGGCCCAGUUCACCUGCACCGCCAUCUUCGUCCUGUGGGGGGUGCUGGUCCAUCUGGUGAUCCCGCCCUUUGUCUUCAUGUGCCAGGAGGGCUGGUCUUACGUGGAGGGGCUGUACUUCUCCUUCGUCACUUUGACCACCAUCGGCUUCGGGGACAUGGUGGCGGGGGUCGACCCGAACGCGGACUACCCGACCCUGUACCGCUACUUCGUGGAGGUGUGGAUCUACCUGGGCCUGGCCUGGCUCUCCCUCUUCUUCAACUGGAAGGUGCGCAUGGUGGUGGAGGCGCACAAGGCCCUGAAGAAGAGGAGGAAGAUGAGGAAGCUGUCCGUGGACGAGAUGCGGACCUACAAGGAGGCCAACAGGUCGCUGCGGCUGUCCCCGUCCGCCAACGACGUCAACAUCUUCAGCUUCCUGUCCAAGAAGCAGGAGGGCUACAACGACCUCAUCAAGCAGAUCGGCUCCAAGAAGGAGGGGCCGGGCGGCGUCAACGGUGUGGGCGGGGUCGCAGGCGGGGGCGGGGCCGCCAAGGACGCGGCCCGCUCCAAGAGCUGCAGCGACACGGCCGUCUGCGGCAACGCCAUCCUGAACUUGGACCGCUCGCCGCGCCAGAAGCGGCGGUACAGCUUCAGCGACCGCAUGACCGUGGCCUUCACCAAGUCCAGGAGCUACCUGAUGGGCCUGGAGGAGGGCAUGCUGCUGACCGAGGUGCCGGGCGAGGCCGACCUGGAGGCGCAGGAGGGCGUGUACGAGAACCAGCUGGACAAGGACGGCGGCGGGACGGACGGCGGCCGGCCGUGGGACUCCAAGGACUACCAGUCGCUCGUCUUCCAGAACGCCAACAUCACCUUCAUCGACGAGGAGAACCUGCUGGACGAGGACGCGCAGACCAAGCUGUCCACCUCGGACGAGAACGCCUCCCUGGCGUCGGAGACGGACUCCAAGGAGGAGCCGGGCUCGGAGUCGGAGGGCUCGGAGGGGACGGAGGGGUCGGUGUUCACCACGGACAGCUCGGACCGCUGCCACUCCUACGAGCAGCUGGUGGAGGAGUACGCCAAGGAGGACAACACGGAGACCUGAGUAGGCUUCGGCUGGGCCCAGAGGCGCCUCCCUCCAUCCACGUCCUCCUCUCGUUCACGCAAGGCCGACCGGAGAGGAGGCGAGCAGGCUGAACUAACGGCUUAACGGGGACCGAUGCCGGGGCGGGGCAACGGACGAAUCGCACUCCGGACCAUGAGGUCCACGUCAUCAUGUUGUCGCUCCGCGUGAGAAGCAAGGUCUUCCAUUUUGGCUCUUGUCUGUGCUCGUGGAACGACCGACGUCACUGAACGCUUACGCGCAGACCGUUCUGGUAGCUUAACGAUUCAACAACAGUUCCAUUUUUUUUCUGUGUUGUCUUGCGUGAGUUCCACGUCAUUCUAUUUAUUGCUAGAAAUGGUGUACGCAUCUGCUUCUUUGUCUGAGAACAUAGCACUGAUUCACGUAGAAGAGAUGCCCCUCUGUUCAACGGUAAAAAAGGACCUUUCAUGAAGACUGACGGCAUCUUCCAAACGUGGAUUGCCUCCAGUGUCCCAAAUCAUAUUCACCAUAUUGGUGCGUUGUUGUUAUUGUUGUUGUCUGUGUUAACGUUAAUAAGAAUGAAGGAGUGUCCUUUUCCUGCGACAUGCAGGCCUUGAAUCCUCCUCCUCUUGACCAGUGCUUCUAAAAAUGAAAAACACAAAGGGUACUUCUUUUUUUAUUUCGUUCAGGUAAAUGCUUGGGACCGGAGUAGCCGAGCUCUUUUUUUCUGAAAGAUGUGCAACAGGAAGUGGUGCAGUUUCUGCUGGCAGAUUGUGCCCCCUCACCCCACCCCACACCCUGCCCUUGUUUUCUUUCCUCCCCAUUAUUUUUAUCCUCUGGCGGAUGUUACGCUCCGGAUGGAUGAUGUUUGAUCUUUUUUU